AUGAAUUUGCUGUCCCUUCUCGUCGUCGUCGUGUGCUUCAUUGCAACAAUCGGAGAAGCCGCCGAUUAUCGUCGCAUCAAAUCGCAUCGGACCAUUUCGGGAAGGCCAACCUACAAUGUCCGCAAGACCGGAAGCAUCGCGUGCACCGAAGAGUCCGACUGUCCGGAUGAUCGCAUCUGCGACGACGGUUUCUGUUUGAAUGUCGAUCAACUCUUCGAGAAAUACGAUAACUAUGAUUAA